GACAAAAUCUGAGCUGCCAAUAUCGUUUUCUUUAAUAUUAUUGGUUCCUAGCAAGCGCCAACAAUGGCUGACGAUCUAUGUUUCUUCUCAAAGGAUGGGUUACUAAUCAAACCUUCAAAGAAAUCUCCACUGCUAUUGAGAAUGCUGGUCUUGAUUUUUGUAAUGGUUUGUGGGGUCUAUAUAUGUUCAGUCUGCCUGAAGCAAACAGGCAGUCGCAAGAAUACACAUUUACUAAAUAUUGCUGUCGUGGAGAAGCCAUGCGACCCACCUAAUGUUGAACCUUCAGAGAAACCAUAUGUGCACUUUCCCAAGCCUAAGACUUUUAGCCGGGGUGAGUGUGCAUGCAGUCCAGUACGAUAUUUUGCAAUUUUGUCAACACAGAGGUCCGGCAGUGGCUGGUUUGAGACUUUGCUGAACAAUCAUACAAACAUAAGCUCCAAUGGAGAAAUUUUUUCUGUGAAAGUAAGGAGAAGCAACAUAUCCACUAUCGUGGAUACUUUAGAUAAGAUAUAUAAUCUUGACUGGCUAACUAGUGCUUCCAAGAAUGAAUGCACAGCUGCAGUGGGGCUGAAAUGGAUGCUUAACCAGGGUCUGCUGCAGCAUCAAGAAGAUAUAGUGGAAUACUUCAAGAAGAAAGGAGUUUCUGCAAUUUUUCUCUUUAGAAGGAAUCUUUUGCGUAGAAUGGUUUCAAUACUAGCUAACUCAUAUGAUCAACGUGCCAAGUUGCUAAAUGGAACCCACAAAUCUCACGUUCAUUCUCCCAUGGAGGCAGAGAUACUUGCUAGUUACAAACCAACGGUAGACACACAAAUGCUGGUUCUGAAUUUGAAGCAAGUGGACGAUAUGGUCACAAAAGCUUUGGAGCAUUUCAAGAGUACUAGGCAUGUCAUCCUUUACUAUGAGGACAUCAUAAGAAACCGAACUAAACUGUUGGACGUUCAAGAUUUUCUGAGGGUACCUCAUCAAGAGUUAAGAAGCCGACAGGUCAAGAUACACAAGGGGGCAUUAUCAUCACAAGUAGAGAAUUGGGGUGAUGUUGAGAAGACACUUAAGGGAACACCAUACGAGACCUUCCUACAAUCGGAUUAUGAGGUCUAAUUUUGUACAUUUUUCUUGUCUCUUAACUUGCUAUUUAUUUAUUAUUUGGUUAGCAGAAGCUAACUGGGAAGCCGGGAAUGGUGUGGGCUAUGUUUUAGUAAAGGUGUGUAUUGCCUCCAUCCCACCUCCCCACCAAAUCCAUCGAUUUUGCUUACCCUUAAUGAUUUGGUUAAACAUCGAGGUUAAUAUCACUACGGAUGGAGUCAUGAUUUUGUUUCUAGGGACUAAUUACAUUGUAAUUUAGUGUUUUCCUUUAUGGCUUUAAAGUGUUUUUUUCCUUUUAAGAAUUGACCACAUUAAGUUCAUGAUAGUUGGAAUGUACAAUUGUUCCCAUUAGGGAUUGGGCUCCUCUCUGGAUCUGCC